GUUUCUUCAUCAAACAAAGCUUAAAACCAAACCAAAAAAGCAGGAGAAGCAUCGUUUCACAACUCUACUGUUACGGCGUGAAAAUGACGAGACUACCCCUCUUCGUCGUCCUCCUCCUUUUCACCGCAAGUUUCAUCACUCCCACCACGGCGGAGAUCAAGUCUCUCACAAUUUCCGACGAUUCUAGACCGAUGAUUCUCUUCGAAAAGUUCGGAUUCACUCAGUCCGGUCAUGUUAGCGUCUCUGUUUCCUCUGUAUCAGUAGUAUCUUCUUCGUCUGUUCCGAUCCCGGAUCCGUCGAGGCUAGGGUUCUUCCUAAUGUCAGAGGAAUCGCUUCUCCAGGUAGUCUUAGAGAUCGAGCAAAACCCUAACUUCUGUGUGCUCGAUUCCAAUUACGUCCUCCAUCUCUUCACAUUUAAAGAUCUCUCUUCUCCUCCUGGUUCCAAAUACGAGCACUUGUACCCGGUAAUUUCUCCGAACGAAUACUCUCUCUUCUUCGUGAAUUGCGUACCGGAAACCAAAAUUUCGAUGAAGGUUCGAACGGAGAUGUACAAUUUAGAUCCGAACGGCUCUAAGGAUUACCUCCCUGCCGGGUCAACCCGAUUACCCGGAUUGUAUUUCUUCUUCUCCCUCGGCUACUUAGCUUUCCUUGGUCUCUGGGGCUAUGCUUGUUGGGUCAAUAAACGGGUUGUUCAUAGGAUCCACGUUCUCAUGGCGGCUCUGCUUCUGAUGAAGGCUUUGAAUCUGAUCUGCGCCGCUGAGGAUAAGCACUACGUGAAAGUCACCGGUACUCCUCACGGCUGGGAUGUCUUAUUCUACAUUUUCCAGUUUAUUCGUGUUGUUCUUCUCUUCACUGUGAUUGUGUUGAUUGGAACUGGUUGGUCCUUCUUGAAGCCGUUCUUACAAGAGAAAGAGAAGAAUGUGUUGAUGGUUGUUGUCCCACUUCAGGUUCUCGCCAACAUUGCUUCCGUUGUGAUUGGAGAGACUGGACCUUUUAUUAAAGACUGGGUUACUUGGAAUCAGAUAUUCUUGCUUGUAGAUAUAGUUUGUUGUUGUGCAAUCUUAUUCCCUAUUGUUUGGUCGAUUCGUUCGCUAAGAGAGACUUCGAAAACCGAUGGGAAAGCGGCUAGGAACUUGGCGAAAUUGACUCUGUUUAGACAAUUCUACAUUGUUGUCAUCGGGUAUUUGUACUUUACGAGGAUUGUUGUGUUUGCGCUGAAGACAAUCGCAGCUUAUAAGUAUCGGUGGGUGAGCAAUGCAGCUGAGGAGAUUGCAAGUCUGGCGUUUUACAUGUUGAUGUUCUAUAUGUUCAGGCCGGUCGAGAAGAAUGAGUAUUUCGUUAUAGAUGAUGAAGAAGAAGAAGCCGCAGAGCUGGCCUUGAAGGAGGAUGAUUUUGAACUCUGAAACAGAUCAAGGACUUUCACUGACUGUAUAAGCUGUGAUGACAUUUGCUUUUUGUUUUCCUUUUCUUUUUCUUUACUUCAUAAGUAGUUUACUUGCAAAAGGGAUUAACUGUGUAUUUUUCUCUUAUAUCGUAAAAGCUUGUUUGUCCUAAGACCUUAUUUGCUAGUAAGAAGAAGAUCAGUGCCUCUGCUGUUUAAUAAUACAUGUAUAAUCGCUUA